AUUAUUUUAUUUUACCGAUUGACUUAGUAUGAAAUACAUCAUUUAUAUUGCAUUAAUUUUUUGUUGCGUCGUAACAAACAAUGAACUGCCCUCUGUUGAAAGUCUAUGGGCCAAAUCGAAUUCUUCGAAGCACAACUCCUCUCUGCCGAAUGACCUAUAGUUCUAAUGAUACAACUCAAAGCCCACCAACCAGUCAUACCACACAGAUACCAGAGGAACCGACCACCUGCUGCAUGUCUGGUUGUGCCAACUGUGUCUGGAUUGAAUACGCCAACCAAUUAUGCAAAAUAUUUGAUGAUGGAGGUGAAAAAUCCAAAGAAAUUGUAUUAUCCAAAGUUACUGAUCCUAAUAUGAGGGCUUUCUUGCUCAUGGAAUUAAAAGCCUUGGAGAAAUCAACAAGCAAGACCAGUUAGUGAUACAUUAAUAGAUAGUUAUGUUGUGAUCUUUGUUUACUGCCUUGGUUUUAAUCAAUAGGUUGUAAAAUGUGUACCUGACAGUUAUAUAAGUAAUUUAGUUACUUUCUUUAGUAAUGUUACCUUGUGAUACUUUUAAGUAACUACUUUUUUCUUUUUUUUUAAAGGAGAGGCCGAU